AUGACGGGUCUUUCAGGAUACAACUCUACCGAGCCCUCUGAGACAGAGGCCUUGAUUGGUGACUCCAGGGGAGUCAAUUCAGGGCGUCACAUACGGCACAAACAGCACUUCUACUGGACUCAAUGGCCUUCGCAUGCGGCUCACUUGACAUAUAUGACUCUUGCCCGAGACUAUGUCAAUCUACUCCUCGUCUUCGUCCCGCUGGGUAUCAUUGCCGGUGCCCUCCAUUGGGACAGCACAGUGAUCUUUGUCUUUAACUUCCUGGCGAUUAUCCCAUUGGCAUCUUUAUUGAGCUUCGCGACCGAGGAGUUGGCAGCUAGUAUGGGCCAGGCUCUAGGCGGAUUGAUGAAUGCCACCUUCGGCAAUGCCGUAGAAUUGAUUGUUAGUAUCAUUGCUCUAAAGGAUGGCCAGAUCCGAGUGGUUCAAGCUAGUAUGCUUGGCAGUAUCUUGUCCAAUAUUCUUCUGGUGCUUGGGUGCUGCUUCUUUGUUGGUGGGCUUCGAUACUCUGAGCAGACAUUCAACACCACGGUAGCCUCAACGAUGUCUUCUCUCAUGACAGUUGCGUCUGCUUCCCUUAUCAUCCCUGCAACCCUCUACGCCUCCCUCACCACCUCGAAAGAAACGCAAAAGAAUAUCCUGAUUCUCUCCCAUGGGACGGCCAUUAUUCUUUUGAUUCUUUAUGUGAUGUACCUUUACUUUCAACUCAAGUCGCAUGCGGAAUUUUUCGAGGAGACCAACGGCGAGAGCGGCUCUGAUGUGGAGAACCAACAUGAGCACGAUGCUGAAGAAGAGCAUAUUCUUAAUCCAUGGGCUGCCACUGUUGCCCUGAUUAUUGUCACGGUCCUUGUCGCCAUCUGUGCUGACUAUCUCGUUGGCAGGAUCGAUAGUAUUGUGGAGAAGACCGGUAUGAGUCGAACUUUUAUUGGUCUUAUUCUGAUUCCCAUUGUUGGAAAUGCCGCGGAACAUGUCACGGCCGUUGUGGUCGCCUGGAAGGGCAAGAUGGAUCUUGCCAUCGGGGUUGCCAUCGGAAGCAGCCUGCAGAUCGCGCUGUUUGUGACUCCGUUCCUCGUCAUUCUGGGCUGGAUCAUGAAUGUGGAAAUGACCCUUAACUUCCAUAUUUUCGAGACAGUUGCUUUCUUUAUUUCUGGCCUAGUGGUGACGUUCCUCAUCCAGGAUGGAAAGUCCAACUACCUUGAAGGUGGACUUUGUUUGGGGAUGUAUGUCAUAUUGGCCCUGGCAUUUUAUGUUUACCCGGAUAAUGUGAAUAAGGACGCUCUUUUCCAUCCAUGA